UUAAAGGUACCUCUGUAAACAGCAGUUGUAAGAAUUAACGUGAGCGCGACACAUAAGAAACUGAUUUCUCAAAUAAUAUUACAGAGAUUUAUUAAUAUUUAUAUAUAUAUAUAUAACUGUUAUAUUUCAUUUUUAUUUCUUCUUAUAUAAACUUCAAAUUUACAUUUAUAUACAUGUCUUUAAUUUUAAUUGGAAAUCUUUUUACUUAUGUGAAAUUUUCAUUAAUGAACUGAUACAUGCAGGUCUGGACCUGUAAAAAUUAAAGGCUGGAAACAACAAAAGAAUUUAGGCCUAUUAAUUAAUAGAUUUAAAAGAAAAAGCAAGAAAAUUGUUCAAAAGUGGUGGGAGAUAUAUGACCUUCAACAUCCAACUCCAAAAAACAAAUGGCAAAUUUACGUAUUCUUUAAAGGGCAGGAAGCAACAUGUCACAAGCUUGUAACUAUAAAAUGUUUAUAUUUCUUAUUAUGUAAUAUAUAAAUGCAAUAUUUUCUUCUUCUGUUGCUUACUGUCUUCACGUUUAUAAUUAAAAACGAUGUUUGAAAACAACUAAGAUGUUUAUAUAUUAUCAAAGAUACGAUAACUAUAAACGUAAUGUUAUAUCUAAACGCAAAACAAAACAAUGCCAUAAGAGAAGUUCAAAAUUAUUUUCUUUGAACAAAAAAGAAGUUCGAAAUUGUUUUCAAAAUAACAAUGAUGUGUAUGUGAGACUAAUAAGAUUUUAAGGGAAUAAAAACGUCACCUGAAGAUAAACCAAUUAACUAAAAGUCCGAUUUUUCUUAGUCACAACAAUUGCUCAUUACUUCCUCUCUUUUUUUUUUUUUCUUUUGAUGUCUCUCAUUUCUUCCUCUAUAAAAGGGGUAAUGAAUUCUAAAGAUACUCACUCACAUCAACACCUAGAGAAGCAAAACAUCCGUCAGAAAAAAUGGUACAGGCUACGAUGCAGUCUUAUAUGGUAGGGGAGAUUGAGACAAGUAUUGAGAUCAAAGCUUCCGCCCAGAAGUACUACCACAUGCUCACCGGAAAACCAAAAGAUCUUCCGGAAGCCAGUCCUGACAACCUCCAGAGAUGUGAUGUGCUCGAGGGAGAGCCUGGAAAAGUUGGCCGUAUUCUCUCCUGGAACUAUGUAACUAAUGGACAGCCAAAGGUGAUGAAGGAGAGGAUCGAGGCACUGGAGCCGGAGAAGAAUCUGAUCGUGGCUAGGGUUAUUGGGGGAGAUCUAAUGAAAGAGUUCAAGAACUUCUUCCUCACUAUUCAGGCGACCCCGAAACAAAGAGGACCCGGAAGUGUUGUUAAGUGUCACCUGAAGUAUGAGAGGAUUGACAAGAAGGUGGCUGACCCAGAGGACAUACUCGUGUUGUUUGUCAAUGCAUCCAGAGACAUGGACAAAAUGCUUUCUUCUGAAUUCUAGAGGAUUCUUCGGAAAUCUUUUCAUCCAUCUAUCGAUCUAUCAUCUAUCCGUCCGACUAUGUGUCUAUCUAUCUAUAUAUUGUGUCUGGGUGUUUAGUAUAUAUUUCUCAAUAAUGUGAUCUCUCUAUAACUGAAGAGAUCUAAUAUAUGCAAGUAUGUCAUAAUCAUGCACGAUGCCUAGUGCGUACGUUUGAAGUUGUAAUUUGUAAAGUGUCACUUGUUUUGUUUUUAUCUUUGCUAAGAAAAGUGUGACUUGUGUGUUGCAAUGAGCUUUCUUCUUGAUCAGUAUACAUGUACGCAAGAAUAUUGGUG